UCGAUUUUACGCCGUUAGGUUGCGCUGUUGUAAAAGUAUGCAGAUGAAAUGCAUGUAAAUACAAAAUGGAAACCCUUUCGAAGGGAGUCCAACUUGCAGAGGAAAACUAUCCUGUUGACACAAUUUUCCAGGACUACAAUACGUUGAAGAAGAAUGCAGAUGAAUUUAUGACAUGCCUGGAAACAAACAGUCCUUCCGAAAACAACUGGUUCAUUCUUCCUUCUGGUGCUAAGGUUAAAGUCUCCAACAACAAUAUAGCGCGACUCUCAUUGUUUGGCGAUGGUGACUCCACGCACACCAUCUUGGCUCUCUAUGAACCCCCACUUGAGACUCAUGUGAUUGCACUCUAUCUAAAUGGAAAAUGGUGGACAGUGAGCAAUGUCUUAAAGACCUCCAACUCUUCCAGGUCUGGGCUUGUUACGGUGCGGUCUGUGGGGGAGAGGGUGGUGCUGUUCCUUCUCAGUCAGGUUAUAUUUGGGGUGUUUGAGAGGCGCACAGAUGUGGACACUUAUUUUGCUCCUCACCCUGAAAAGGAGGUGGCCAAAAUUCUUUGGCAGGAUGGGGAGGCGACUGGCUUCUACACUGUGAAACCGAAAGGUACCCUGUGUGACAGCUGCAGCAGCCUGAGCUACCUGCUCCCUGUGCUGGACACUGUGUUUGUGCGGACAGAGUUCAGAAGGAAAGGACUGGCCUUUCGGAUGCUGGAGGACUUUUGCGUGUCGUACGCCAAGGAGGAGUUCAUAGGAAUCAGCCAUCCGGUGUCCAGCAGCAUGCACCAGGUUUGCAGGAAGUACCUGCAGGGCCAGGAACGGGACAGAGAUCGGCUGUACGAGGUGGAGGCGCCGGGGGGCUGGGCGCAGAGACGGAACGUGUGGCUAAGCCUUCAGCUCAGCCGCUAUUCCAGUUUAGAGAACAACCUGCCUGAAGCGGAGAGGGAAAGUAUAGUCGCCACGGACAAAGCAGAAAAGGUGAAACUGAUGCGCAUUUUGUAUAUUGUCUUUUUUGAAAAUAAUUUUCCCACAAUCAAGAGUCCCCCCCACCCCCUGUUGUGCUGUGCCCCUUCAGACCGUGUUACUCGAUCUACACCCCCAGCCAUGGAGCACUGCAGCUGUAAUGCAUUCUAGGGCUUCAGGCA